AUGGAUUAUAUCGAAGUGGUGGGUAGAGGGAAGACGAUCACAGUGGCAUCGCUGCCCUUCGUGGCCGUGCCCACCACAGCAGGGACUGGUGCGGAAGUCACUAAGAAUGGAGUUUUGGCGUCAACUGAACACAACGUGAAGGCAUCGAUUAG